AUGUCUCCUUCAGGUUCUUCAAGGUGGUGUCCGACUCCAGAGCAGGUGAUGAUAUUGGAGGAGAUGUACAGGAGUGGGAUCAGGACUCCUAAUGCUUCUCAAAUCCAACAAAUAACUUCUCAUCUCUCCAGCUACGGAAAGAUUGAAGGGAAGAAUGUGUUUUACUGGUUUCAGAACCAUAAGGCUCGGGACAGACAGAAGAUGAGAAGGAAGCUUGCUAAACAGCUUCUUCUUCAACAACAACUGCUCCAUCAUCAAUAUAUUCUGCAGCAAAAUCAAGCCAAGCAUGGCUGUCACCUCGGUAAUAAUUACUUAUUUGGUGUCCUUCAGUCUCCAGCGUCUGCUUCUGGGUCAACUUCUGCUUUUCAGAACCAACUUUCUUGCUGUAAUGUUAACUUAUCUUCAGCUGCUGCGCCUUAUAACUUUCUUCCUCACCAGGGUUCUGGAGCUGAUCGUGAAGAUAAUCAUAAACAGAUGAUGAGUCACAUGUGGAUGGUAGACAAGAUUCCAGACAAGUCAGCAGUUGAUCAGAUGAUGGAAAAGACAUCAAUGAUGAGAAUGAAUGGCUGUGAUUGGACGAUGAUGGAUCAUGUGGAUCCAGCACUUGCACCACCACCAGGACUUUCCUCCGCCGCCUCCUCCUCCACCAGACCACCUCUCGAAACCCUUCAACUCUUCCCAGUCAACCCUUCCAACUAA